UCGUGCUGCGGAGCCUCACUGACUACAACAAUGAGUGGCAGCAAAGCGUGUCCGGCUAGUUUGGGUUGAAGUUUACUACAGUGAAGCUGCCCGUAAUAUUCACUGCAUGUGCUCAUUGGAGGUUUCCAAAGCACUGUGUUAAAUGGAGCUGGAGGACCAAUGGUGGAAAGGACAACUUGCUGCAGAUAUAUACCAGGCGCUGCGAUACAAAGAGCUCUCGUUGCCGUCCUACAAAGGCCAGUCCCCUCAGCUGAACUUGAGAAGAUAUUUUGCAGACCUCAUAGCCAUCAUCAGCAACCGCUUCAGACUGUGUCCUGCAGCCAGACACCUGGCCGUCUACCUGCUGGACCUCUUCAUGGACCGCUAUGACGUCACGCUGCAGCAGCUCCACAUGGUUUCUCUCUCAUGUCUUCUUCUGGCCAGUAAAUUUGAGGAACGGGAAGACCGGGUGCCAAAGCUGGAAACCUUGAACAGCCUGGCCUGCAUGAGCUCCAUGAACCUGGUCCUGACCAAGCAGGGUUUGCUGCACAUGGAGCUGCUCCUGCUGGAGACUUUCCAGUGGAACCUGUACCUCCCCACAGCUGCUCAUUUCAUUGAAUACUACCUGUCUAUUGCCGUGCAUGAGGGGGAUCUGCAUGACGGUUGGCCAAUGACCUGCCUAGAGAAGACUAAACUAUACAUGGCCAAAUAUGCUGAUUACUUCCUGGAGGUUUCCUUGCAAGAUCAUGUGUUUUUGUGUUUCACACCAUCACUGGUGGCAGCUGCAUGUGUGGCUUCUUCACGCCUCAUCCUCCACCUGUCCCCUACGUGGCCACCCCGACUGCAGUGCCUCACCGGCUACACAUGGGAGAACCUAGUCCCAUGUGCAGAAAAACUACUUGUUGCACAUGACAGUGAUGUCAAAGAGGCCAACAAGCAAAAGUGCCAGCAGCCCAGCCAGCAGCAGCAGCAGCAGCAGCAGCAGGGCCAGACAGUGUUCCACAGUUCAGGCCAGGCAGCCACUGUGGCUCAGUACCUGCACCAGCCCAGCAUGCAGUACCCCCAACAAGCCCCACAGUCAGCUCUGGCACCCAACCACAGGCCCGCCUCCUACCUCAACCAGUCCACCACCAGCCUGCAAGCUCCCAACGGCUCCCAGCUCGCCAGCACCCAAACCAUCUCUGCCUCACUGGAUCCAAAGUCUAACAUUCCCAACAGGGCUUACCAGGUCAGCAUGCACUACUCCUGCACUGCUCCAUGCUUUGACAGAUGAGGGUUUUUCAAGAUUUUGUCAUUUUUGGGCAGGAUGAGAAAAGAUACGGUGAUCUGUUUCUCCUGAAUGUAAGCGAAUACUCUGAAGGAAGGGAAAAAAUCGUGUUUUUAAUUUGAAGAGUCUUGAUGAGAUUGGUGGAGCACUUUGAACCAUAAGGUGUACGCAAUGUGCAAUAUGCCUACUCUGCUGUAGUUUUCUGUGUAGAGCUUGCAUGAGGAUUUUUUUUUUCCCCAAGAUGUUUGAGAUAUCAGGUAUGAAUGUUGUUGUGAGGUGCUUGAGGCACAGUUUGCACCUCUGUAUCCACUAAUGUUACUGCGUAAUUUAGCUGCAGACCAAAAUUGUUGUAUUUAUUUAAGCCAAAGUAUAUCAGAAGUAUCGAAUGCACAAAUACCUUGUGCCUGUAGCCAUUGUGACUAUUAGUAUGCUAAGUUAAAAGGGCAGUAACAAGAAGGGAUUUUGUCAGUUUGUGAUUGAAACAAGAGUUUGUGUAGAUGUUCUUUUUCCUAUUUUUGUUUUCCUUUUAUUAAAUUUUGAACUAAUGUCAUUUGUAAAGAAGGGAAGGAAUUUGUUCCUGUAGAUGACACUAUGUCCCAAGAAAACUUUUGCUGUUCUGUACACAGGAUUUCAGUCAGUGCUGUCCACUUCUAUGAUGAUCAUUUUAAAUAAAAUUCAAACCUGUGUUAGUUAAACUAUCAUUCUAGUCCAGUGCAUUUGUUUGAGGCAGUACAUCAUCUUAAAAUUUGUUCUCCUUUAAAGACCCCUUCAGGUGAAAAUCAAGUUUUUUUUUGUUUUUUACCUUUAAAUAUUUCCAGGCAACAUGGCUGAGUUUUUCCACCUAGAAGCACAAAUUCAGACAUUCAGAGUGGUAACAAAAGCUGAAUAACCAAUCCUCUUUGUUUGCAGGGUGGGGCUUUCUCCAUCAUUAUUCCUCUUCAGAGUUGUUGUUCAGUUCAAACAUGUGUGACUCAAAUAUUACAACUUGCCAUUGUGUAGUGGACAGUAUUUUUAUAGUCUUCUAUGUGAGCUGUUGUGCUUGAACUGCAAAGAGGAAGGAAAACAGUGCAAAUUCAAAAUGUAAUCAAAAAAUUCAAAUAGAAUAUAAUGCAGUUAAGGUAUUUUUUGUUCUCCUGUAGACCUUUUUAUGUCAUUUUUCCUUGCUGAGUUAACAUACAUACAAGGAUGACAGGCUCUUCUGUCCUCUUUUGGGUCUUAAUUUUUUUGGGCAUGUAGCACAUUUUCAUAUCUUUUUAAUACAUUUAUAAACUAUUGGACUACAAUAGCUCCUCCAGCAACGUUUCUGCUCAUGUUCAAAUGUAUAAAACAUGUAUUGGGAUGAUUUUUAUGAAUCCUGUACAUCUCAGCUGAAGGUGGCUGAAACCAGAAUGCAACAUUUUUGGCUUUAACUGAUUCAAAUUUUGAUUAAAUCUUUUAAAGAAUGACACUUAAACCUGUCCUUAAUACUGGAAAACAAACAAAACUUCUAAAAGUAUAUUUAAAACAUUUACCUGUUGGCUCACAGCUUACCCAGUUAUGAGGCUUUUUGAGAAAAAACAUCCUCAAUGCCAGACCUCCACCUGCUUUGACCUUCCGUUAUCACCCUGCCUGUACAGGCUCACAGCGCCACAGGAGGAGAGUCAGUGGUUUUAUGAGCUCAUACUUCAUAUUUUGGAAGUUAAAGACUCGGUGAUGACAAGUGAGGCAUUGUGUCUGUAAAGUUACACUGAUUAUUACUCCACCAAGGAACACGGCGGAGUUAUGUGACGAUCUGCAUUGGUUUGUCUGGCUGUUUAAAUGAAAUUUCAGAGGUCAGAAAUGACACAAGGACCAAGUGAUUAGAUUUUAGCAGCGAUGUGGAUUAUAGUUUGGAUCCAUGGAUUUGUUAAAGAUUUCUGCAUCCUUGCAAGAUAGCAGCACGGCGUCACUGUAACUAUGACAACAAGUGAACACUACAUCAGCUGCCUGCUGAUGUUCAUAUGAUUGCCAUCCUACUACAAAUCCACUGCUGUGGACUUAUCAGGACUUAUCCAUCGUAAAUGAUACAGGGAACAACUGAUUUAAUUGUGGGGGUGUUUCCAAGUCCCAUCAAGUCCCAUCAAGCACUACGUAUUUAGGUCACAUGAUUCAAUACCUGUACGUAACGUACACGUGCAUAACACACGUCUGUGCUCAUGGCAAGAUCAUUUUGUUUGUGGGUACAUCUAUAUUAUAUGGACACAUUCUAGAUUGCCGUGAUUUUUGAUAAUCAAUAACUAAUAAAUAAAUCAGCAUUUCUACAAAAAAAUGCUGCAUUUGUGACAUGUUAUAUGGAGGAAUGAACAGCCUUAGUGGACUACUGUGCUCUGAGUGUUUUCGAGUUUUAAAGGACUACAGAUGGAAAUUAGCAUGAUGCUAAAUCUGGUGCAGCCAUCUUUUUAAUGUAACUGCAUGCUGUCCUUUUUCAAAUAAACUUGAAAGAAAGAUAUACA